GAGAACAGUGCAGGCAGUCUGAUAACUCACAGGCUUCAAGCUGCCCUUAUAAAGUUGUUCCACUUUUGCAUACUUCCUCAUACUGCGAGUUUCUCUGCAAACAUGAAGCAGCUUGUUUACUUAGUCUUGCUUAAGACAGCUCUCCUGGCUUUAACAAAUGUGUUUGCAGUUGUUUUAGAGGAAGAAAAGGAUGCUAAGGAAGAAAAAACAACCGGUACUUGUCCUGUAAAGCUGAAAACUAAUGGGAAUUGUGAUGAAGGAGAGGACUGUCCGUAUCAGAUAAACCUGCCGCCAAUGACCAUCCAGCUACCCAAACAAUUCAGACUGAUUGAGAAGACUCUCAAGGAAGUACAGACCCUUAAAGAAGCAGUAAACAAGCUGAAGAAGUGCUGCCAGGACUGCAAGCUGCAGGCAGAUGACAACCAAGAAAGAGACAGCAGUAAUGAAUUCCUGCCACCUAAUGCAGAAACUCCAGCAGAAAUCCAAGAUAACAGAGUAAAGGAACUGCAAAGCAAAGUGAACAGAAUGGCAACCAGCCUAAAAAAUGCAAAGAACCAGAUUCAGACGCUGCAGGGCCGCUUAGAGAAGAUGAGUCUCGUGAAUAUGAACAAUGUAGAACAUUAUGUAGACAGCAAAGUUGCUAAUUUGACGUUUGUUGUGAACAGUCUUGAUAACAAGUGCUCUUCUCAAUGUCCAGCAAUGCAGCCAAGCCCUGUUAUACAAGUAAUGCAGAGAGACUGUGCAGAUCAUUAUGCAGCAGGCAAAAGGAGUAGUGGUAUCUACCCAAUUACCCCUGACCCCAGAAAUGGCACCUUCCAAGUCUACUGUGACAUGGAAACACAGGGAGGCGGCUGGACGGUGCUGCAACGGCGUCAGGAUGGCAGCACUAACUUCAACAGAACAUGGAAUGACUACAAACAUGGCUUUGGUAACCUCAGCAGGGAGUUUUGGCUGGGGAACGACAAAAUUCACCUCCUGACAAAAAGCCAGGAAAUGCAGCUGAGAAUUGACCUUGAAGAUUUCAAUGGUAUCAAAGAAUAUGCCAAAUACCACUAUUUCUAUGUGGCCAACGAGUACCUGAAGUAUCGUCUCAGCGUUCACGGCUACAGCGGCACAGCAGGAGAUGCUCUCCACUACAGCAAGCAUUACAACCAUGACCAGAAGUUCUUCACAACUCCUGACAAGGACAAUGAUAGGUACGCAUCAGGGAACUGUGGCGCAUUCUACAGCUCUGGCUGGUGGUUCGAUGCGUGCUUGUCUGCCAACCUCAACGGCAAGUACUACCACAAGAAAUACAAAGGCGUUCGCAAUGGAAUUUUCUGGGGCACGUGGCAUGGUAUUUCUGAUGAUACUCCCAGUGGAUACAAGCAAUCCUUUAAAUCAGUAAAAAUCAUGAUCAGACCCAAAAGUUUUGCACCAUAAUUUUAAACCUUUUCUUAACUAGUUUGCAUUGGGUUGCACUCAAGAUCAUACUCAGUAUUAUAUUCAGAAUUCAAAUAUUUAGUCGUAUUUGUCAUAACAUAGUUCUAGACAAAGUAAUGUAUUUCCACAUGCAUUUUUAGAGAUGGUGUUUUCCAUAUAAUGUAUGAAAGAUGACAAUUGAUGCUAAAAAUUAGCAUAGGUUAAGUUGUGGUAUUGUAACAUAAAUAUUCUAAGCAUUGCUUUUGGUGCUUUUACUGUAUGUGAUACAUCUACAAACUGUAUCUGAAUGAACACCUGCAUUUUUACCUGGAUAUAACUCAGAGGUACCCUGAUAACAUACUGAUUUGUUAAACACUUAGUAUGAAACAUUGUAACUCUGAUCUUGCCCUACACUUUCUAUUAUCAUUCCUUCACAACCUCAAAAAUGUGUUUCUAUUAAUUCCUUUAAAUACCUACAAGAAAUACAUUUUGCUUUCCUUUCUGAAUCUUUUAGGUGAGCCAAAUAUUGCAAGAUGACACCUGUAGAGACUCAAGCUCUUAUUUAAGUACUUCUCACUAUACGUAUUGUAAGGUCUUAAAUUAUACAUAAAUUAUAUUUUGUAACACAAGAUUGCAUUCUUCCCAUUUUCUGAGUACUGAUUUGCAAUCUAAGAAACAUGAGUAAACCACUGGCCAUUAGACUCAGAAAAGAAAAUAUGCAGAGGGUUUUUUUCUUCUAAAACAUACUGAAAGAAACAAUGCACUUUUCAUGUACUCUGGGAAGUGCAAUUUAAAGAAACUGUUAUUCUAGUUCUAUUGUAGAUACAAGCACAAAUUUGCCUACACAUACUUAUUGUCUAUGAUAGAAAAGACAGGUUUAUAAUUAUGGUGACUAAUAUUCUGAGAGUAGAUACUAAUUAUCUUAGCAUGAGGUAUCUUGCUAUAUAACUAAUAGCAAUUCUCAGAUGCAGAUAGAAUAUGCAAACACUGUAUUUCUUUGCUGGUAAAAGUAUGGUUUUUACUGGUAUAGCAUUUUCUUGCUAUAAGAGUCAUUUGUUGGCUUUGUAAACAACAGAAUUGUGCUAACAAACCCAUGAGUGCACAUCUGGCCUAAAACUUUACAAAUCACACCUUAGUUGUUUUUAAGAUAAUAUCCAGAACUAUCAUGGUUAUAAGCUAUGGACAUGAGAAAAGUGGCGAUUACUAAAUAGCAGAGUAUUAAUAUAUAUAUUUGAGAGAGUAAAUACUUUGAAGGAUAUUUCAGUGUGAAGUGUAAUUUGGUUUAUUGUAUUUCAGUUUUAAAGACUAAUGGAAGAUUUUAAUUGUAAGAUGUAUAACCUGUGCUUGAAAAUGUUUUGAAGUCAUAGAAUAUUUAUUUUGUGAUAAAAUGCUUUGUCUAAAAAAAUCAAUAAAAAAGCAAUUUAUGAAAUACUGGUUAGAAGAGCAGAUAUGUAAUUGUGUAUGAUUAUAUUUAAUAAUUUUGCACGAAAUGCACAAUUUUCUCCUAUUCAUUACAUGGUAACUAGCUCUGUAUGACUUACACUAUCUAUAAGCUUCUACUUGAAAAUGUCUUUUUCCUGCUAAUUUGUUGAGAGAGAAACUAUUACUUUUUUAUCAUGCUAAAAGGAAAAAUUGUAAAAAAGGGAUUUCAUCAGGAUAAACAAAUGUGACAGAUGUCAACUACAAAGACUUGAGAAACUUCUUAAAAAAAUUAAAAAAAAAAAUUAAAAAAGGAAAAAGAAGAAAGAAAGAAAAAAAGAAAGAAAGUCUGCCUGGAACUGUUGUAGCUGAAUUUCCAGCAAUGUGUAUUAGCAUUAUAAAGUGUAACUCCAUCUAUUUGUUGCAAGCUUUAUUUUGUAUUUUUCCUUGUUGUAAAUAAAAUUGUCACUCUAUUAAAGCCA